UUUCUGCAACAGACAAACAUCAUGAAGUUUUUGACUGUCUCUGUGCUGCUCUUCAUGGGCCUCGCUCUUAGUGUAUCAGAGGGGGCCAGCGUGGCUGAAGCAGAGGUCAGUGUGGCUGAAAAUGGUGCUGCACCUCCAGCAGAGGAGACUGUGGAAACUGUGCCAGAAGAACCAGCUCAGAAUCUCCCAGAAUCCCCUGAAUUUGGGGCUAAGACUCUACUCAUACGAUCCCAAGGGGACUGUUCAUUUGGUUGGUACGGUCAUCAAGGACGCUGCUACCAGUUUGUUAAUCAGGCCGAUACAUGGAUCAAUGCACAGCAAUAUUGCAUUGGAAUAGGUGCUAAUUUAGCCUCAGCACGCAACCCGCGGGAAUACAUAUUCCUCCAAGACUUGGUGGAUGAAAUUGGCCGAGGUUCACAGGCGUGGCUUGGGGGGUUUUAUCUUCAGAACACAUGGUUGUGGGUGGAUGGUGAAGGAUUCUACUACCAAAACUGGGAUUUUCAGAUUACUGCUAGUAGCCACCCUUGCCUUUAUCUGCAAAAAAGAGUUGGCUGGUCCAACACGAUUUGCUACUCUACACGUUAUCCAUUUGUUUGUGUGAAAAGAAGUUGCUGAACCAAGACAUUUCAAUCAGGAGGGAAAGAAGAAUGGAAUCAUGAAGCAAAAUUUAGAAACACAAAAUUAAUGACUUGAAGAAGUUUUUGUGAGUUCCGAUUACAGCACAUUGUUCAGUAAGAGCCCUGAUGGAGGGCAACAUGUUUGCAACGAUGUUUACAAUAUUAUAUUUGAC